AUGAUUUCGAGAUUUGUCAGAACUUUAGCAACAUCAACUAAGUUUCAGGAUGUUGUGAUAAUUGGAGGUGGGCCUGCAGGAUUAACGUUACUAGCAGCGUUGAAGACUUCCCCCAAAACCAAGCAUUUGAAGUGCACACUUAUUGAGGGUUCUUCUUUGGACAAUGUUCGGAAAUUUCAUAAAGAUCCACCAGCAGACUAUACAAAUCGAGUAAUCUCUCUUACUCCAAAAUCAAUUGACUUUAUGCAGAAUAAAGUUGGGAGUUGGGAUUUUAUUCAUGAAGACAGAGUAAAAGCGUAUGAUGGGAUUAUUGCUUAUGAUUCACAAGAUGCAAACUCGCGAAUUGAGUUUGAUAUCAGUACAAUUGGCCAGAGCAUGUUGGCAGCAAUGUGUGAGGUCAUUAAUAUACAGAGUUCAUUAUUGGCUAAAAUUGAAAGCCUUGAAGAUAAAUCAACUACCAUUAAGGAUAAUUCAAAGGUCGUGGAAAUAGUUAACCCUAUAGAGCCAGAUUUGGACAAUCAUAACUUGACUGAAAUAGAUACUAGCGUUAGCGAACCCAAAUUGGAUUGGCCGAUUGUCAAACUAGAGAAUGGAGAAUCGAUACAAACGAGAUUGUUGGUUGGGGCAGACGGUUAUAAUUCUCCCGUUCGUAAAUACGCUCAUAUUGAGUCUAGAGGCUGGCAAUACAAUACCUUUGGUGUUGUUGCCACAGUGAAAUUGCAGUACGAAGAUUUCAGAGCAGUGGGAUGGCAACGGUUCUUAACCACAGGUCCAUUAGCAAUUUUACCGUUAAGUGAAGACAAUGCCACAAUUGUUUGGUCAAGCACUCCCGAAUUAGCUGACUUGCUUUUGAAAGUGAAUGAAAAAAUAUUUCCACAGCUUGUUACUGCCGCAAUGGUAUUAGAAGAGGUCGACUUGAACUAUAUCUACAGCGUGUUGCAAGAAGAUCCAAACGAUUUUUCCGUAUUGAAAGAUAUUGAAUGGCGGUUAUCCAAAUUCAAUCCGGAGGAAUUGGAAGAACGAUACCCAUUGCCGGUUGUUGAGGUAUUGAGUGGCUCUCGUGCUAAAUUUCCAUUGAAAAUGUCUCAUGCUGAUACGUAUGUUGCCCCAAGAGUAGCAUUAGUUGGAGAUGCUGCACACACUAUACAUCCAUUAGCUGGUCAGGGAUUAAACAUGGGGCAAUCAGACGUGGCUGCUUUAGUUGAAGUUUUAGAGAAAGGAAUUGAUCGAGGUAUGGAUAUUGGUUCAACUUUGGUUUUAGAGAAUUACGUUGCCAAUGCUUGGCCCUCAAAUCAUGCCUUACUAGGCAUCUGUGAUAAACUACACAAGGUAUUCUCAACUGAUUUUUACCCGUUGGUGUGGGCAAGAGGAUUCGGAAUGAAAUCCAUAAAUUCACUUGGUACCAUUAAAGAGUUUAUGAUGAAAAGCAUCAGUGGAAGAUAG